AAGAUACUUCUUUCCGUCAUCUAUAAAUUCUCUGCAAACCUCUCACCAUCAACCCAUCUCGCUGAAACAGUAAAAGAGAAGAAAUAUUAAAUAGCAAAAGAAAAAUGGAGAGUGCUAAUGCAUAUUCUACAUUGCCAAUGGAAAAUGUUAACGAUGUUGGGCUUAUUAAUUUCAUGGACGAGGCUAACUUUGAACAAUUUAUUGAGCUCAUUAAGGGUGAAACUGCUGACCCUAUCGUGAAGUUUUGCCCCAACUAUGACUGUGAACACAUUACAGGUUGUUUUCCUUCGACUGAUGUCCAAUUUGAGCCAACACCAAUGGAUAUCUUUGAUUGGAAUGCUACAAACAUAUCUAAUCCUAUUUCACUUUUUUCUUCCCUCCCCGGAGAAAUGAAGCUCCGGGAAGAAGAAGAGGAGGAGGAAGACGACAAUGAUUACGAGGAAUCUUCUGGGACAACAACUACCACCACCAUGACUAUGUUGCCGGCAACGCCAACAAAGAAGAGCACGAGGACUGACCGAUCAAGAACUUUAAUUUCCGAGCGAAAAAGAAGAGGAAGAAUGAAAGAGAAGCUUUAUGCCUUGCGUUCCUUAGUUCCUAAUAUAACAAAGAUGGAUAAAGCCUCCAUUAUAGGAGAUGCAAUACUAUAUGUACAAGGACUGCAAACGCAAGCAAAGUUACUAAAGGCAGAAAUAGCAGGUCUUGAGUCUUCCUCAAAUGAAAUGAACAAUAAUCCAUUUCAGAAUACCAAGCAAAUGAAAUUGAUGACUCAUUAUCCUGCAAUCAAGAGGAUAUCGAAGAUGGACAUUUUUCAAGUAGGAGAAAGAAGCUUUUACGUGAGAUUAGUAUGCAACAAAGGGCGACAAGUUGCUGGUUCUCUUUUCAAAGCUCUUGAGUCUCUUUCUGGAUUCAAUGUUCAAAGCUCCAACUUGGCUACUUCUGCCGAUGAUUAUAUUUUGACGUUCACUCUUAAUGUGAGCGAAUGUGAGGUAGACAUGAACUUGGCCAAUUUGAAGCUAUGGAUAGCUAGUGCUUUUCUUAAUCAAGGGUUUGACUUCGAGACAUUACCAUUGGCCUAACGUUUCAUUAUUGUAAUUGUGCAGAGUUUUAACCGGUCAAAGAAUGAGAAAUGUCAUUAUUUA